AUGCAGUCUGUGCCGGUGUACCUAUCGGAGAUGGCACCUGCGCAUCUCCGCGGCAUGCUCAACAUUGGUUUCCAGCUCAUGGUCACCAUCGGCAUCCUGGCAGCGGAGCUCAUCAACUACGGCACUAACAAAAUCAAAGGCGGCCACGGUUGGCGCGUCAGCCUGGCUCUCGCGGCUGUGCCUGCGGUGAUCAUCACGGUUGGCGCACUCUUCCUCCCCGACACCCCCAACUCACUGAUGGAGCGAGGCCACCCGGAGGCGUCGCGUCGGAUGCUACGCCGUAUCCGCGGCACCGACGACAUCGGCGAUGAGUACGCGGACCUAGUGGCGGCGAGGGAAAUAUCAAAGCAAGUACAGCAUCCGUGGCGCAACAUCCUGAUGCGCAAGUACCGCGCGCAGCUCACCAUGGCUGUGCUCAUCCCCUUCUUCCAGCAGGUCUCCGGCAUCAACGUCAUCAACUUCUAUGCGCCGGUGCUAUUCGAGACCCUAGGUUUCAAGGGAGACGCGUCGCUUCUCUCGUCGGUGAUGACUGGCGGCGUCCUCGUGCUCGGGUCGAUGGUGUCGAUGUUCACCGUCGACAGGCUGGGGCGGAGGAAGUUGUUCCUGCAAGGCGGCGCGCAGAUGCUGGUGUCCCAGAUCGCGGUGGGAACUCUGAUCGCGGUGAGGUUCGGGACAAGUGGCGUGGGAGAGAUGCCCAGGGGUUAUGCGGCGGCGGUGGUGCUCUUCAUCUGCGUGUACGUGGCAGGCUUCGUGUGGUCGUGGGGGGCGCUGGGGUGGCUGGUGCCGAGCGAGAUCUUCCCGCUGGAGAUUCGGUCGGCGGGGCAGAGCAUCACCGUGUCGGUGAACAUGCUCUUCACCUUUGUCAUCGCGCAGGCCUUCCUCACCAUGCUCUGCCACCUGAAGUUCGGGCUCUUCUACUUCUUCGCCGGCUGGGUGGUGAUCAUGACCGCCUUCGUCGCGCUCUUCCUUCCGGAGACCAAGAACGUGCCCAUGGAGGAGAUGGUGCACGUUUGGAAGGGACACUGGUUCUGGAGCAGGUUCAUCGGAGACGCUGACGACGUCCACACCGGUGUCAAUGUGUUAGCAUUAACCUAGAUUAUGAAUUUGUAAUGAGUCGUUCGUGGAUGCAUUUGCUUUGCUUUGUUGAUUAAUUUGGUGUGGACAUACGCACAAUAUGCAUCACUGCAGGAAAAUAGUCAUGAACACGGGUGCGUGAAAGUUAAUAAUCCACGUGCCAGUGCCAGAACUAUGAGUUGAUUUUAUGAUUUUAUGGGUUUCAGCUCUAGUCUACCUUAUUUUCUUGUUGUUGAAUCAGUUGCCGCAAAUUGGUGUGAUCACAACACGAGGUGGACAAUGCUUCAUAAGUCUUGUGCUCAUGGCCACUGGGUUCUGACUUCUGACAGGUGUUUCCGUUGGUUGAAGUUCGUAUCAAGCGCUAGCAAAUGAAGAUUUCUCAGAUCAAUCGAAUCCAUAUGCUCUAGCGUUUGGUCUGU